CCCUGAUCCAAGAUGGCCACCGCUUCUUGAAGGAUAUCUUCUGCACAUGUGCACUGGCUGUGGACCAGCUCAGCUUCCUUACUGCAUUGUGUCAUGUGACAGAGAUUGCUAUCAGCCAGGACAUCUGACAUGGCCACUUGAUUUGUUUACAAGCGUAAUAGAGGAGUUACCUUGGAGUAUAUACAGCAGUGCCCCGGUAGCACAAAUGCCAAGACAAACAGAACAUCUAGACAUUGGUAAAAUCCUGCAAGUGGCAGAAGCACUGGAGAAUAUUCUUCGCGGCUGCUUUGGCCUUGAAGGAGGACAAGUUUUAUUUAUUAAAUCCACAGGGGAUCUUCUCAUUACCAAAGAUGGAAGAAGAAUACUGGAGAGCCUUUUAUUGGAUCACCCCAUUGCAAGAAUGAUCGUGAACUCUGCCUCCAGGCAUUACAGUAUUACUGGCGAUGGUGUGAAAUCCUUUGUUCUUCUCAUAUGUGCUGUCCUAAGAGAGCUCCAGGCAACAGCUGAUAAAAAUGAAGGUCUGCCUUUAUCUGGGAAGGCAACAGCGAAGAACCAAUAUCAAAGGCAAGGUCAUGCAUUAAAAAGAUUAAGCAAUAUGCUAUUGACCUUCCAAAGUAGAAUUCUGGAUCCCAUUAUAGUACAGCACCUGAGUCCAUACUUUCUCACAGUAUUUUCAAAUAUAGAAGGAAAUAUAACGUUGUGCCGAACAUCUAUACAGCAAACAUUAGACACGUAUUUCAGUGGAAGACUUGGAUGUAACAUCCAAGAUUUCAUCAGUAGCCUUGCCUGUGAAUACCUUUAUAGCUGCUUUAUGUGCAGUAGUGACAUUUCCAGUGUGAUCAGUCUAAUGAGCAAAUAUUUCUCUGAGCUGCAUACAGAAGUUCCAGGACUCCCAAUAGAUAAUUCCAGGAUAUUACCCGGCCUAAUACUUCAUCGCACAUUUUCUGUGUACUGUCCAGCAGAGGGGGAAGUAAGAGCGCUUAUUGUGACAGAGCAGAUUAACCAGUGUCUUUCUGAAACAGACAUAGGGUUUGUUGUCUCAUCGCAUAGUCAACUACAGCAGUCCCGGCUAUACCUAAGACAGAGAACUGAACGUAUUCUAAAACAACUGCAAAAAAAAGAAAUCAAGAUUAUAUUUUCAAGUGUGAAACAACAUGAAACUGUACUUUAUUGUGCAAAACUAAAUGGAAUAUCUAUAGUAGAUUGUUUACCAUCCGAGGAGAUUGACCUUCUUUGUAUGGCUGUUGGAGUAUCCCCAGUGUCUGGACCUUUAGUUGAUAUUCUUUUGAUUGAAACCUUUUUAGCAGCAAGUUGCAAACCCAUUGUGGUUGGUUGCAAAAAGUAUGUGCAUCUUGUUCUGCAGAGUUCAUCGACCUUCAAGCCGCACAGCCUUGUGUUGUGUGGUCCUGUGAAAGGUUUGACUGAGCAACUUGUUUCCUCCUUUCAUGGUGCUUUUAAAAUGCUAACACAGUUAUUUCAACCACUUCAUUCUAUUUGUGGACAGCCAACAAAUUAUGUAGACAGUUAUUUUCCAGAUAGAAUUGUGCCCACAGAACAAAGUGUAACUUGUGAAGGGUGCCAGAAUGACUCAGGCGGCUUUGAGUGCCAUCUAGAAAAUAAUGACCAAGCCGUCCAUAUGCACCUCAAACGCUCAGAAGAGAAGGCCUCCCCCUGGGCUUCGGGACAACAUUUAGCUAGUUUAAGUCCAUCCUAUAGAUGUGGAGACACAGGCAGUAUGUGUUUAAGUGAAGUGAAAAGAAAACAUCUUCAGGAACCAUCAGGUGGUAUUUCAUCUGCAAAUGUUGGCCUAGUAUUUCCCGGGGCUGGAGUUUUUGAACUUUUGCUGAAAGAUUAUCUCCACGAGUUUGCAGAGACAUGCCAGAAUGCAGAACUAGCAUCUAUAUGUACAGUGUUUGGAAAUGCUCUUUUAUGUAUUCCAAAGCAAAUCUACAAAGCUAAGUCAGGAAAGAGUCUCUUCUCACAAUAUCAUUUACUAUGUAACAAAAGAAUGAAACACAUAGAUUCACUGAACAUAGCAGAGACAGGUCUUGAACCUGUUUCCUGUAAGUACCAAUUGUUAGCUUCUGUGCUCCAAUGCAUUAGUCAGCUUGUGACCAUAAACUUGAUUGUUCGUGUUAAAAAGAGUCAAAUCACUGAGAGUGAAGAAACUGAUGAAGACACAUUUGUGGGAGAUCACUGAUCCUUAUCAAUAGUCCUAGUUUAGGCAUUUUAGGUUUUAGUACACAAAUAAAAUUACGAAAUAUCAACCAUCUCAAUAGAUUGUCAUCGCUUACCCCCGUUUUUCAUUUUAAAUUGUCACUGUUUCAAACAACUUCCAUACAACAUAUUUGUAAGUCAAUUUACCAAAAACAACUCCAUACCCCAGAAAAAAAAGCCCUAAAGUCCAGGCCACUAGGUGUCUUACUUCCCUGCCAUGUGUUGUUAGAGGAAUUCUAUAUUUAGCAACAGAGAGACUAAAAUGGAAUAUAGUAAAUGGGGCGGGGCUUAGCUAGUGCUAUGCAGGAGACAAAGCCUGGACUGUGUGUAUGCAAGCUGAACUUGUCUGCCUCCUCUAGAUAUUCCAUGUUGUGCCUGAAAGGUAAAUCAAUGCUUCUGGAUUUGUUCUUGUUGUUUUUUUUUUUUUCUUCUGGGGUUCACUAUGCUUUGAAGUUUGUUAACUUUAUUGCUCCGAUUACGAAAAUACCAUAUAUGUCUUAUUUUAUUUAUUUUAUACAUUUACAAAAUAAAUUCAUAUAUCGUGAAAUUGUUUUCUUUUAUUAAUAUGCACUUUUUAAAAUAAACUCUAUACUUUCUUAUCUUAAGGAAAUCCACUAUAUUUGUUUUUAAGGAACCCUACCUCCCAAGGUCAGCAUUGGAUACCCACCUUCAUAUAUGGUGAACAUGAUACCUCUUUGGAAGCAGGAUGCUGGUUUAAUAUCUAAGUCCUGAAUACAAACUUUCCUAAUCUCUGCACAAUGAUGAUUAAAUGGAAGAAGCCCUCCAAAUAUAUGUGUGUAGAUGUAUGUACCAGCAGAACUUCCAAACAGCUUACAAAAUAUAAAUAUAGUGUAGUAGAGAGUUUAGGGUUGUCCCAUUAUGGACAAUCACCACAGGCCAAGAGUAAAACAGCAGAACCUGGACAGUUAAAUCAUACUUUACUGUGACAAUGGUCCAGUGGCAGGGUGUUUGAAACUUGUAGCAAUCUCCACAGCUCGAGAAUAAUACAAUCAGGAUAUGUAUUGGAAGUCCCAUGCAAGUCUAUAAAACUUCCAGUACAUCUCCUGAAUGCGUUACUCUCUGGCUAUGGAGAUUGCCUGGGAGUUUUAAACAUCCUGGUGCUGGACCAACGUCAUGAUAAAGUAUUAUUUAAUUGUUUAGCAGGCAGGUGCCGAGAGGAGUGCAGCAAGGACAGGCAUCCCAUCACUUCUGGAGCUUCAGGAAACUGGAAAAGGUGUGUGGCACACAGUAUGUGUGCCUCCCUGCUUUGCAAGUGUCCUGAAGAGUUCCAGUAUGGCUGAUAGAUAUGGUUUUUAGGAGACCGGGAAAGCUAAGAGACAAGCAGUACACAGUACUCCCCCAGCUUUUCCAGUCUCCUGAAGAGAUUAUCUGGUGUCUAGUGAAGCAGCCAUACUGAAGACAUGAAGAGAAGUAGAAGAUGUCACUUUGCUGCUUUAUUUCCUGAAAUGGCAUUGAUGAGUUAAUUAGUGUUAUUUUGCUGCAUUAUGUGUAAUGGCUAGGAUUAUGAAUAGGUAUACGUUUUUUGCCCUUUAACAUAACCUCUUACUUACUACAUGAAAAAUAACAAACAGACUAUACUAUAAUGAAGGAAUAUUUACACCACUUCAGUAACUGGAGAAAGUUUUUUUUUUUUUAUAUUUUUACUUUCUUUUAAACUGUAUUUUUGUAGCAAUACAUCACAUUUUGUACAAGUUUGAUAAAAAAAAAAAAAUCUUACUUAUAUAGUGUGAAGCAAAUUAUAUUUCGCGCCCUGUGUGGGGAAUUCUUCUGCAUUAUAUGUUUUUGUAAACUAAAAUAUUUUCUUAAUAAAACCUUUUGUGAAACACAAA